AUGACAAGCUUCCUCACUCUUCCGACCGAAAUCCUUGACCGGGUCAUCUUCUUCCUCGAUACACCAAACCCCUUCGAAGCCGUUGUUUUCCAAAAGCCAAAAGCUCCAGGGUCUGACCGGAGUUAUUCAUCUUCUAUUGCGGAACACUAUACGUUCGCAAACUCCAGUUGCCGCGAUCUUCCGCUCAAAACCCUCUCCUCGACAACCCGUUUCCUCCGUACCCUUACUCUCCCACAACUCUUCAAACAUUCAACCCUCCAACCUUUAGAACUCGAUGCAUUCCUCGCCUUUGCGGCCUUACACGGUCUGGGCUCUAAGGUCUCAAGCCUGACCGCCCACGUCCACACGCAUUACAACCAUCUCCAUCCAGCAUGGUGGGCCCGGCUGCUCAACGCCCUACCAUCCGCCACACAGAUCGCCAUAGUCGCGCCUCCCGAAAUCUUAGAUGCGCUCGCGGGCAUAUAUACCUGGAGCACCGAUGCCUGGGCGUUUGAUAUGCCCUUACAAAUACUCCGCCUUGGGUUAUCGUCCGAUUACGCUCAGCAGGAACUCGACUACGACAAUCUCCCUAAUCUUUUGGCUGCUAAACCCUGGUCACAGAUGACCGUCAACGAAGGCUCUAGUCUAAUGGCCUACACUACAUAUGAGUUCUUCCUACGACGUACCCCCUCGCUUCUGACGGCGCUGCAUUUCAACAAUUCCGUUGCAGGAGACGCCUUGUUCGCGAACCUCCUUAGCUUGGACUUUGUUGCCAUCUUUCCCUUCUACAAUCAUGUCGAUGAGAUCCUGAAAUGUAUCCGCAAAAUGAAACUUCUCCAGCACCUAUUUGUCAAGUUGUGUCCUGAUCCUCAUACCACGAUUUUCCGUGAUGAGAUUGAGUUAGCUGGAGGCCACAUGGACGUCAAUGACCCGUGGAACGAGUGCGAGACGUCCUGGAUGUUAAUUGCUCAUACAGUCGUGUACCUGACCAUGGAGGGUGACCUACAAGAGUUGCAGAUGGCCGAUGUUCAAAUUGAAGCAGUACGUAAGACGCUCGAAGACAGUCUGACAGCCCGGCUGCAGGAGUGGUGGGCCUACGACGGUGCGGGAUCAGGUCUCUGGCGACGGAGAACGACAUCCUAUACUGCUACGCCUGUUGGCCCCUCAGAUGCAGGUGGAGUUGCAUGACAAGAAACCAUUGUGGAAUAUCUGGUGAUUCUAGCCACUAUGUCGUGGAUCGGAAGAAGCAAAGCAAAAGUUCGGAACCGGAGAUGCUGGAACCUUCAGAUAGUGACCACUAUCGCUAAGCUCAUUGAAGACAGCUCGACAGAUAACGGAAGCUUCUAUCCUUCCCGGCUGGGGCAGAUUAUGGAAGGGACACCUGUCCGUGCCUAUGGCGUUGAUUCUACUUGACAGCAUCAUACAUAUACCCAAAGGGCCAAUCCACUCAACUCGAUCUCGCGACUACUGCGUACACCUCAUCCGUCCGAACACCCAAGCUGUUGUUUCCGGGUUCAACGACGGGUGCUUUCUCCAUUAGCUAAGUCACGAGAUUCCCCUCCAUCAUUGGAGCAGAGACUACACCUGAAAACGUGGACAAAUGGAUAGGCCAGCAGGAGCAUCAUCUUCUCCACGAGGACAAUGAUGGGAAACGUUCUGGGCCAGAGCAGAGGCAAUCAAACACCCACACCGCCAUGUCGACGCCGUGCCGAUCAUAAUCCGAACCCUUGUCCGUCUCCAAAAGAGAAGCACUAGAAGGAAGGUCCAGAUGGUCGAAUCAAUCCACAAAACGCACAUGCAUCCUACCUACGCUCGGAACCACACCGUCGGCAGAUAUAUUAGGUCCCAACCUCUCCACCGAAUACGAGCUACUACCCUCCGGCAUUGACUCCCAAGCGCUGGUCGUUCUGAACUGACCAAUUUCCUAUUCCCUCGUCAUUACAAGACAAAUAGGAGACAACAGGAGGUUAGAUCAUCUCGCAUCUAGCAUGGGAAAUAAGAUCCGGCAAUCUGGGCCAGGGCUGGACUUUGAAAUGCCAUCAUUAUCAUCAUCAUCAUCUAUGUUUACGCCCAUUAUUCCCUGGUGACGGGAUCAGUGAACACGGAAAUGUCAAGAUUUCCAUUAAUCGAUCCCGCUCGUCAUUCUCCAGGCGGCUCGCAUCUUCCCUGAUGCCGGACAUGACUGGAAUUUGGGGGUCUUUUUUUAAAGGCUGAAAAGUGGUUACGUAGGUUGGCUUGAUCCAAGCCAGAACUUUUCUAAGACAGCGGUUCAAGGCCUGUGAACAAGGCCUAUAAUGUCGGGCCAGAUGUUGAAUCCUGGUGAGCGACGUGAACAUAACACUUUUCUCAGUACUCG